ACGUCUUUGGUGACGUUUAUGUUCGACCUGGGAAUGAGUUGGCCGAGUCCCUUCAUACGACGAUGGUGGAGAGGAGCCAGUUGGUUCUUCAAGAGUCCGCCUCCCAACUUCCUCCCGAGACUCCGAUCGAGUCUGUGGAUCCUCCGCAUGAUGCUGGAUUUCAGAUUUUGACGCAGACGUUGGAUCAGACUCUCGGGAGGAGGCCGGGAACGUAUUGUAGGGGGAUGGGGAAUGCCCGACAGAGGGAACCUCGACCGCGGUCAUCGUCGCAGGCAAACAGUCAGGUGACUGUUUUGACAUCGCGGGUUGCCGAGCUUGAGGGUCAGAUGUCGGUGAUUCUGCAGUCGCUCGCGCGGUCCGGGAUUCCAAUCCCGAAUUUUGGUGCGUCGACCUCCGAGCCCGUCCAGCCCGAGCAUCCCCAGCACACCACGGCCCCUGCAGACACCCAUACCUCCGAGCCGCCUACCUCCGAGCCGCAUGUGGCAGAUGACCAAUUAGAUUUCGGAACAUUAUUUGAUUAG